GCCUCGCGCGACGCCGCCGCCGCCGCGGCCGCCGCUGCCGCACCCGCAUCCUUCGAGGCCGCCGCGGCCGAGGCCUCCACCAACGCCGGCGUGCUCGCGCCCACGCAGCCGCAGCCCGACGCCGGCGCGGCGGGCAAGGCGGCGCCUGCGAAGCUCGAGCUGGCCGCCGCUAAGCGCGCGGGCGCCGCUCCAGAGGGCAGCCCGCAGGACGCGACCGCACCGGCUGUGAGCCACGUUAAGUGGCAGGCGGUGGUGGGGGGCGUCGUCGGCGCAUUCGCCGGGCUGUCGCUCGCGACGGGCCUGUUCCUCAUCCUGCGCGCCAAGCACGUCCGCCGCGCGGAAGCCGAGGCAUCAAAGGGCUCGGCGCCGCGCAAGUCGGCGGGCGGCGAUGUGGAGGCUCGCGGCAGCCGCGGCGGCAAGCGGCCCAGCACCACGGGUGGCGCGAGG